GCUGAUCCAGCCCAGGCCUGAUCCGUGGCCCCCGCUCAGCCCUGCCCCGUAUAAAAGGCCCCUCAUCGCACCCCUGCACGAGAGACCGUUUCGUGGACCCCUCAACGCGCACGUCUGUAAUUUUGGGUAGGUCAGGUCAGCUCUAAGGUCUUACAGAAUGGCUCUGACAAACCCGAUGCCAAUGGGCCCAUGGAAGAUCACGGUCUAUGACCAGGAGUACUUCCAGGGGAGGCGCAUGGAGUUCACCGCCUCCUGCCAGAACAUCAUGGAGUGCGGCAUGGACAACAUCCGCUCCGUGAAGGUGGAGUGUGGAGCCUGGGUGGGCUAUGAGCACUCCAGCUUCUGUGGGCAGCAGUUCAUCCUGGAGAGAGGAGACUACCCUCGCUGGGAGGCCUGGAGUGGCAACAACGCCUACCACAUCGAGAGGAUGAUGUCAUUCCGCCCCAUCUGCUCUGCUACUCACAAGGACUCCAAGAUCAUGGUGUUCGAAGGCGAGAACUUCAUGGGCCGGCAGUGGGAGAUGUGUGACGACUACCCCUCCCUGCAGGCCAUGGGCUGGUUCAACAACGAGAUCGGCUCCAUGCAGAUCCAGAGUGGGGCAUGGGUGUGCUACCAGUACCCCGGUUACCGUGGCUACCAGUACAUCAUGGAGUGUGAUCGUCAUGGAGGCGAGUAUAAACACUACAGGGAGUGGGGGACCCACGCCCAGACCUUCCAAAUCCAGUCCAUCCGCAGGAUCCAGCAGUGAGUGGGACACUCCCUCCUCCCUGCCGCCCUUCCUUUCCCUCCUCCUCCUCCUCCUCCUCCUCACUGCCCCGUCUCCCGCCCACUACUUCAAUAUGCCUGUGAGACCACAGACCACGGACUGAAAACCUGGUGAUGCAGCGCUAACGUGCUAACGUGCUAACGUUUAUGACCUGGUACUGUAGCGCAAAUGUGCUAAUGCUUAUAACCUGGUGCUGUCGCGCUACAGUUUACAAACUCGUGCUAUUGCGCUAAUGUUUAUUUCUGGUGCUAUAGUGCUAAAGUCUAUAACCUGGUGCUGUAGUGCUAACAUUUACAGCACUUUUAUUCCAACAUGUAAAGAAAGGGGAAGACUAAAGCGCUAAGGACUCCUUGGACUUUUCUUCUCAUUCUCACCACUGUCACUGUACCAUCUGUGCAAAAGUGAUUAAUAAAGAGAGCAUGACCGAA